UCAAGCCCACCAACCAUAUCAUUCUGGCAUGUUGUCAAGUCAAUUGGACGCUGGACGACCAGAUCGAUUUUCGUAGCAAAGCCCAUAGGAGCUCGCGGGCGUAAACAUCUAUCAUUUGCUAUGCCAUGGACCUAUUCCAGUACGAACCCCUAGACCUCACGGGGAAUUCCUUCAGGCUUCUCAUGCUUCAUCCUGGAUCAACCGGCGAGAUAUCAUGUGAUAUUUUCGAAGCAAGUCUAGAUCCCGACGGCAUCAUUAUACCCUACGAAGCCUUGUCAUAUGCCUGGGGCAACAUUGAGCUAUCGGCCUCCAUCACCGCCAACAGCAAGACCCUCCGGAUCACGAAUAAUCUGUUCACUGCUCUGAGUUAUCUCCGAGAUGACUCUAUCGGAAGGGUCAUGUGGAUUGAUGCUAUCUGUAUCGACCAGAACGAUGUAGCUGAGCGAGGCCAUCAGGUCGGACAAAUGGCCGGUAUCUACAAAGGAGCUGAACAGGUCCUUAUAUGGCUCGGCCCUCCCACGUCUGAGACGAAGCUUUUGAUGGAGUAUCUGAGAAAACUUCAACAGGGGUUGAUUCGCCAGAAAAGUCAUCAUGACCUCACCUGGGCGGACGAGAGGUGGUCGAAAUUGCGACAAAGCUCCGAUCUCGACCAGGCAGUCCUCGCCAAUCUGCAACGCAUAGGAAUCAUUUCUCUGUUGAGCGAGACGUGGUUCACAAGAAUAUGGGUUUUACAGGAAGUAUCCAAUGCGCGUGCAGCUUCGGUCUGCUGCGGAAGAUGGUCUGUUCAGGCUUAUAUGCUGAACAUCGCUGCGAAGCUCGUCGGCGUCGUUCCGGACGAUGGGUGCCAGGCUGUCAUGGAUCUAUUCCCAGGACCAAUGACUCGGAGAUCUCCAAGGAAGAACAUCCUUCAGGAUUUAUUGGAAAAGUUCCGGAAAAGCGAAGCCAGUGACCCAAGGGACAUGGUGUACGCCCUACUUGGCAUUGCUUCCGACGUAUCGGAAAGCGACCUAGGAUCGUUGCUGUUGCCCGACUACUCCAAGACAGAGCAGCAGCUCAUCCGAGACCUCAAUUGGUAUCUUUUCUUCGAUUCGCCAGGCCAGGAGGUCGGGCAUGAUACAAUGGCAUCGUUUCUUGAGAUGUUACCCCGGAAAACGGGGGCAAUAUUGAGAAACUUCGUACUUCAUGAGCAUACGGAUCACGUCCAUGCACUCCUUGAAAGAGGUCAUCAAUUCACUGUCAAUGAGACCAUUGUCAACGAAAUAUUGCGUAGAGGCAUAUCAAGUGGUGUGAGUAUUCUUUUCGAUCUAGGAUGCAUUGAACACCCAAACCUGAAGUUUGUACCAGAGUCUGUACUAGAAAGCUCCUUGAGGUUCUGUGACUUGGCAACAGCGAAACGGCUUCUGAGCAAUCAAGAAGAAAACAUAAAGAUCAACCGGGGAUUUGUUGAUGGCUUGAUCAACUGGCAUGACCGCGAAUUUUACGUGCUCCGGAUUCUGAGCGACCGAGGACGUCACUCUCUGGAAGUCACACAAGACGGGCUCGUAUCAUUGCUGCCGUACUGCGACCCGAUCCUUCUCAAAACGCUUCUUGAACAGCAGACAAAGGUUUACCGUCUAACACGCGGAGUUCUCAACUCAGCCUGUCAAAACCAGCAAAUGGCGAGGAUCAUCGAUUUGCUUCUAGAGUGUAUAGGUGGCAGAACGGAACUUGAGAUGAGCGGGCUCUUAUGGUUCAUGGAGGAUUACAGCUAUGAUGAGCAGAAAGUGGCGGUGUUGCUGAAGCACCAUUUCAAGAUUAUCCACAUCUUUGCUAUUGGAGAAAGCCCCGGCGAGAGUGUCAUCUGGUCUUCAAACGUCACAUCUGAUUCAGACUUGCCAGAAAUCGAGAUGGAAGUGGAAGACACCAGAGGGGAUAUGGAGUGCAGUGAGGUAUUGGGAGUUCGGAAGUUUUCAAUAAAGGCGCUUUUCGGCAGCGGAAGGCGGGCAGGCGCGAUCUUGGAUUGGUACAACUACGAUUAUUCCAUAGAAUAGGUAGCCAUGAUCACCACUUUCCUUCGUACUAUAUAGUUAAUGGGUUAAAUGCCAGGUGGGCUUGGCACAGUUAAGCAACA